AUGGAAACAUCCGGGUACAAUCUAACACUGAAUGGUUUGGUCUCAGAUCAGAAGCCACUGGGCUGUUGGUCAGUUAAACAUGGGCAGAUUAUCACGUGUCCAGUUGUAUGCAACUUUGAGACUCAUGAAUAUAUAGCUGUUCAUGAUAACAAGGUUUUACGAAUAUGGAAGGAUAAAGAUGUUAACUUGGACAAAGUAUUUAAAGCAACACUUUCAGCUGAGGUGUACAGAGUACAUUCACUGCCCCAUGCGGAGCCAUUGGUGUUAUUCAGAGGAGGGGGUGUUCGAACUUUAGAUGUUCUUUUGGAAGCUCCACAACAAGAAAUUGAAGAUGUUAUCUCAGAUGAAGUUAUCAAGUGGAGUGAAGCAUUUCUGGAAGGUCAACAACCUGUCUUAAUUUUUGUCACAGAGAAAGAUGGAGAUUUUUUUGUCUACGUGCAGAAACUUAAGAUGAGGAGUCUACACAAAUAUAAGCUUGAACAACAGGAAUUAUCUAAUCCACUUUGUUUCACAGCAUAUAUAAAAAAGCAGAUUAUCACACUUCUGUGUUUAUACUCCAGUGACUCUAUAUAUAAAGUUCUGAUACCUCUACAGCAAAAUAGUGAAGAGGAAGAGCAAACUCUGUCUAAAUCACUACUACUAAACCUUUCAAUAUCUGGAAGUGUUCUAAAAGGAACUUCUUUUGUUGUUCUUGAUAAAGACCAUGUUGCAGUACUAGGAAGUCUAGCAGCAUCUGAUGAAGAAUCCAAAGAGUGCCUAACAAUAUGGAAUACAAAAUUUCAAACAUUACAAGCUUCAAAGGAACUACCCCUGGGAACCAGUGGACAAUUGUGGUGUUAUGGGGAAAAAUUUUUCUUCACUCAUGGAAAAGUGCUAACAGUAGUUAUAUACAAGUGUGAAACUUCAUCCUUGGCAGCUGCUGUGGGAAAGCUGAAGGACAGUCAAACCUCUGAUCUUUGUUCAUUUCUAAACUGGAAUACUCUCCAAGAUGAAGAGCUCCUGGUUUCCUGUCAGUCACAGCAGUCUGCAGCUCUAAAGUCUGAAUCCACAAUGACAUUAAGAUCAAAAAAGAGCACAGUUGAGAACAUACAGCCAGGUGCCUCCACAAUUGGGCAGCUCUUACUAAGUAUAAAAGAUGCUUCCACAGCUGCAGUUGAAGAUGAAUUGAGGCAAUUGUUGUCAAAAGUACAGAGACCAGAUUUUCAGGCCGCCAUUGGAAGUGUAAUAAGUGCUCUAAUAAACAGGUGUAAAACAGACCCAGCGUUCUACCCUCGAAACUUCCUGAUACAGAUGAUCCAGAAACGAGAGUUAUCUUACAGUUUGUGUCCAGACUUAAUGGCUGUUGCUUUAGAGAAAAAAGAUGUACAUCUCUUACAAAUCUGCUUACAACGGUUUCCAGAUAUUCCUGAAGAAAUUACUUACGCUUGCUUGAAAGUAUUUUUGAGCAUUAGUGAUGAGUAUCUGGAAAGAACAGACGUGGAUCUGGAAUCUGUAAUCUCUUACAUUGACAUUGAACCAAACAAUAAAGAAGUUAAGACUGAAGUUGUAGAAAAUGGUUUCAGUACUGAACUGGAGGAAGAUGGUUGUGAUGUUACAGGCAUGAAGGAAAUUCAUAUGAUGGACAGUGUUGAAUUCUGCCCUGUUGGACCUCAAAAGGCAGCAUUAUUAAAUGCUGUUCUUCAUUCAGCUUACAGUGAAACGUUUCUUUUGCCUCAUCUGAAAGGCCUUCCAGCUCAGCAAGCUGUUCUGUUUCUCAGGUAUUUACAUUACCUGUAUGUGAAAUGCAGUGAAAGAAUAAAUACAACUCUUCCCGGAGUUCUCUCUCCAACUGUAAGUCAGAUCAUGGAUUGGAUGUGUCUAUUACUUGAUGCUCACUUCACAGUUAUGGUGAUGCUACCAGAAGCAAAAAGAUUGCUUUCAAGCAUGCAUAAGUUUGUGAGAGCCCAAGUACGAUUCUACUCUGAACUUAACAAAAUCGAAGGAAGUUUGCAAGAACUGCAAAGAAUUAAAUGCCAGACAGACACUCAGGCAUAUUCUAUUGAAGUGCUGGAACUUAUUUGAAUAUGAAAUGAAUUGUUAACAAACUUGUUAUUGAUUCCUUUUAUGACAAGGACGUAUUAGCACUCCAUAUUGGGGAUGUGAAAAGUUGAGUUUUCUGCACAGGGAGAACGCGGUUACUCAGUAGCUACGUGGGGGGUUGUGUAUUAAAAGCUCUUUUUUGACUGGAUGACUUUCUUAUAUUUUCAUUGUAAUUUUGUUAUGCAGUCACAAGAAUAUCCUAAAAUUCUUUCUGAUUCUUGGCCAAGAAGUGAUAUUUGUAAAAAGGUUUCAAGAAAUGUUUCAUCAAAUUAAUUGUCACUUCUGUUCCACUUGCUUCUUUUUCACUUACAGGCAGUUGAAUUCUCAGAUUCUUCAGAGCUCUCUAAUCUUUGUCCGGUUAGGAACUAUAGAUACUCAUUUGAGUUUGUCUCUUUUGUUUUCUAAGAGCAUUUUUACCUACAUUCUUGUCCAUUUCUUCGAAGUACUUUUUCAGAGUGAACAUCUCAAGUUAACCUCAUUCAUACUGCUUGUUCUGUACAGCUUGAAUUCUAGCAUUCCAAAAUGUCAUAGCUUUCUGAAUGCAAGGUUUGCUGAAGGUAUUGCUGAUACAAGCAACUGUGCAUUGUACUUCUGAUGAGGCAAACACUUGAAACUGAUUUUUUUUACAAGCUACUUGUUGGACUAAAGGUCUGUCUAAAUGAAAGCUGAUCAGAGAUGUGUAAAGGAGAUAUGGCAGAUAAGCAUAAUGCUAGAUUUCUUAAGAUUUAAUAUAAAAUGAAUGUAAGAAGCAAAAGCCUCCAGAGAAAAAUGAGUACAUCAAUAACUGUUCAGAAUAACAGAUAAAAUCUUAAUGACCUUUUAAAAUAUUAAGUGAAUAUUUAUUAUAUUUUUCAUCAUAAUAAAUGAUAGUUGAUAAUUUGAAUUAUAUCAGCAAAAAUCGUAAGCCCCUGCUUCCUCACGCUGACUUUAGUCUGCAGCUGAGCUCUAGUCCUUACCUUACAUAGCAACAACUUGGUGUCUGGUAAAUGCACGUGUAACUGACUCUAAAACAGAAUACUUAAAUUCAACACCUUUUACGAAGUGAUUUGGAGGAAAAAGAAUGGGCAAAAGCAGCUCAGUAAUUUAAACAAGAGGAUUUGCUGAGUUGGUUGAGGCCAUGCCUUCCAGCUGUAAAUUCUUAGGUUCUUUCCUUUACCCUUGGAGAAAGGAACCCACCUAGUUACCAGCCUGGAACAACUAGGCUGUACAUUUUCUGUGUACCUUUUGGGAGAACCUAUUUCUCCUCAUCUGUCUGAAGAAUAGAUGCAGUAUAGAGUAUCAUACAUAAAAUUCCUCUUCCUUUGGUGUUCAA